AUGAGAGGAAAGAGAUCAAAACAAUACCGGAAGCUCAUGGAGCAAUUCUCUCAGACUUUCGGCUUCCGUGAACCGUACCAGGUUCUGGUCGAUGCCGAGAUGAUCAGAGAUUCUUGCCGAUUCAAAAUGGAUCUUGAGCCUGCUCUAUCGAGGACUGUUCAUGGCAAGGUCAAGCCCAUGGUGACCCAAUGUGAGAUUCGAAAACUUUACGCUACAGGGAAAGAUCACGAAGCUAUCGAGCUGGCAAAAACGCUCGAGCGCAGGCGUUGCGGACACCAUCCCGACGAUUACCCCGAGCCUCUGGGCACCAAAGAGUGUCUGCGAUCAGUCGUCGACCCCAAGGAUACCAACCAGAACAAGCAUCGCUAUGUGGUCGCCAGUCAAGAGCAGGAAGUGCGAAAGAUGCUACGGGGAAUUAGAGGCGUUCCGCUCAUUUAUAUCAAAAGGAGCGUCAUGAUUCUUGAGCCAAUGGCCGACGAGAGCGUCCAGGUGCGAGCAAGAGAAGAAAGAAGCAAGUUCCGAGCGGAGAUCAAGAAUGCCACCGGCAAACGAAAGCGAGACGAUGCAGACGACGAUGACGAAAAGACCGACAAGAAGGAUGCCAGUACCACCGAAGACCAGAAGAAAAAGAAGAAGAAGGGCCAUGGUCCUAAAGGACCUAACCCUUUGGCAGUUCAGAAAUCGAAGAAAUCCAAGACCGAAGGACAACAGCCACGGAAGCAGGAAUCUUCCGACGCCAAGGACACACAAGAAGGCGCCGGCAAGCGAAAGAGACGGAGACGGAACAAGACUGCCACUGAGACGGCAGACCAAGGCGAAGCGGAUAACACUGCUGCCGCCGAGGUGGUCAUGACAGACGCUUAA